AUCUAAUCUACCCACGUGGUAAUUAGCUUCUCCUCGUCCACUAGAAAGAUUGGAACCUAUAAGGAAGGUUGUCCAUCCAUAACUUGUGAUCAUUAACUGCUGAAACUCAUAAACGACAUAUUACAUUUUUAAGAAAUUGGACUUAAUUUGCAGAUACAUAUUAUGGCUUGGUACAUCCGGACAAUAGUUUCAUUUGCUUUUAUAUGUUUUGCUGUUUCAAGACCUGAAAUAUAUUUGGAUGAAGGGGAUUCCGGUAAUGAAGUUGGGAGUGGUAGUCCUGAGAGUGAAGAAAAUGAAAUGAGUGAAUUUGAAAUAGCAGAUAGAGAACAGGAAAAGUUGGGAGUGAAUAAAGAAGAGACUGGAGGUAAUUGUGAAGGAGACCUAAAGGCGAACAGUGACGAUGAUGACACUGAAAGCAGCUGUACAAAGAUAAAAGAAGAAUCCGAAACAGAGAAUGCGCAGUUCAGGAAUGCUCUCGGGAAACCUUGGCGUGACACAAUGCUUUGGAAAGACGGUGUGGUUCCAGUUGAGCUUUCAAGAAAAUUCCGUGCAGAUGAAUAUGCCAGUAACCAAAUCUACUAUGCAUUUGGAAAUAUCAGUGAGCUUACUGCGAUAAACGGCGUUCCAUGUAUUACAUUUAAACAACACGAAGACGAAGAUGACUUCUUAUUUCUUCAAAGAAAAAGCGGGUGUUGGUCUCAAGUGGCUAGGAGAGGGGGUAACCAGACAGUGUCUCUAGACUUUGGAUGUACAAGAACUGGAACCAUCAUGCAUGAACUGUUACACGCAUUAGGCUUCUACCAUGAGCAAAGCAGAUCCGACAGAGACGACUAUGUAACGAUUUACUGGAAUUUCAUAUCCUCUGGAAGAAAGGGCAACUUUGAAAAGUACGAUAGCAAGUCAGUAGAUGCCCAGGAGGAGCCGUAUGAUUAUACCAGUAUCCUCCAUUAUGGGCCAUAUGCCUUUUCUAUAAAUCGUUUCAAUAAAACAUUAGUUCCUAAAGAAAAUGGUGCACGAAUAGGACAACGUUCUAGGCUGAGCGAAAUCGAUAUUAACAAGAUCCGAAAAUUAUAUAAAUGUCAAGAGAAGGCAAACAACGGAAAAUCCUCCAAAAACAGAAAGCAAGUCCCAUUUAGGUCUGAAGACGAGGACUUUGAAGAAACAGUCACAACUAGACCUACGAGGAGACCUGUAUAUACUACAUCAGCUAGGACCUCCCGAAGGCGAACUACCACAACUACAACAGAACCAAGUAUCACACAACUGCCUAUGUGUAAAAAUUAUGAAAAUUCCGUGUUUUGCAAUUUCAAUAGAGAAAAGUGUGGAUUUGAAAAUGCAGGAGAAUUUGACUGGGUUAUCUUCGAUGGUUCCACUCCUACAGAAAAGACAGGUCCAAUUGAAAAUUUUGCAAGAAGUUAUCUGUUGGCUGAAGCAACGGGAAACACGAAGCGAACAGCAAUACUGAAAAGUCCUACAAUUGCAGAAAAGGGGAGAUAUUGUGUAGAAUUUAUGUACAACAUGUGGGGUUCUAAGAUGGGUAAUUUGAAGGUGCAAGUUGAGAAACAAAAUGGUGUGAUUCUUGAUGUCGGGGAGAUCUCUGGAAACCAAGGUCAAGGAUGGAACAGUGCACAAUUCUCCACAAAUUUAAAACAAGGCAACAAUGUUAUACGCCUAUUGGCGCUCGUUGGAAAUAGAGAUAAGGCUGAUGUGGCAAUCGACAAUUUAUGUAUCCGUAAAGGAGUUUGCGAGAAAGCAAGCAGUCGGAAAUGAAGAAACGUAUAGGAACAUCGAGUAGAGUCGCGAUAUCGCAGAAAGGGACUUUCUUAUCUAGGAUAUUGCGACAACAUUCAAAAGUUUUAUGCAAAAAUACAGAGUCAAUCUGCAAUGAAAUAAUAACAAUAUAAUCGAAUUCACACAUAACGAGGCACUUUCUGACCAAUCGGAAAGCGUUGCAGCCACCAGUUAUCUGAAAUUCCAACGCAUGAUUUUACUUUGAUCGUUUUACUUUGUUCACGUCUCAGUAUGGUUAUGCCCUUGCUUUAUGCUGCAUAGUAGCUCUCUGCUACAACUUUAAAAUUGUAUAUAAUUGUUUUUCAAGGGAUUGAUUGCAUUCUGUUCCAACACAACAAAUAAUGCUUGGGAUAAAAUGCAACAAUUUAAUAAACGGUGCUUGGCAUAUCCCUAGUGUGUAUUUAUUGUGUGUUCAAACAAUAUCUUAUUCCAGUUUGGUAAAUUCAUUCUGUCAUUCAUGACGGUUGGCUUACUGGGAUAAAAUUUGAUUUAAAUACUUUGAGACAUACCAUUGUUCUUUCAUAGACUACUUUUCUGUUAUAUGGAUGGGGUUAUGUCAAACUAUUAAUAUAUUAUGUCAUAGAUCUUUGGUCUCCAUCCCCACUGGUGACUGAGUGUCUAUAGUUACAUAAACUUGUUCAUUUGAAAUAGUCGAGAAUCGUUUUUUGUCUCUAGAAUACCACUAAUAUGUCAGUUUUUCAUUCUUCGUGUAUGCUUGGUAAAUGUUCGUAAAUAUUUAUUAUUUACAUGAUGUACAUUUCAUUUCAUGAUAUAAUUAGUUAGUCUUAGUUUCAAGUGAACUAAGCUGCUUUAAUGAGAAAAUGUACAUUUUGUUUUGUAAUAGUGAAUAACAGCCAAGAUCUUAGUCCCGAAAGGGCAACGUUUGUCCUGAAAUAUGCCACGUUGGUUUAGUGGUAUAACAUGCCAAUAUCUAAGUCCUGAAAUAUGCCACGCUUGUUUUGUGGUAUAACAUGCCAAUAUCUAAGUCCCGAAAUAUGCCACCUUUGUUUUGUGCUAUAACACGCC